CUCAACGGCUGUAGACACACCUCGGAUUAGUCAAAGAUGCCUCGAUGCGACCGAAUUACCUCGGAUGUUCAAAUCAAACCGAAGUAAUCUUGCUAUACGGAUGUUUAGGCGUUAAACUAGUGGCCCUGAGAGUCGGCUGAAUAGUGAAGAAGCACGUCACGUGCGCCUUGUUUUUACAGGGAAAUCAGGAAUGUUGCUUCCGGUUCCGAAGAGUGCGGAAAACAAAACGGAAGCUAAAUUGGCUCUGAUAGAGGUAGCCACUCUGCAUCGGGGGGAGCCUCUCCUCUCUAAAGCCUGCUCCCAUCUGUAGUGCUGUAGAGGGCUGUGUCUUCGACGCUCUCGUGAUCAACAAUCCUCAGGUUUAAGCAGAAGACGUUUCUAGCAGCUCUUCUGCGAGGCUGCUUUUCUUUUUAGGCAUUCACUUUGCUGCUCGGUGAAGGCACCAUCCAUUCGAAUCAAGUGUUUUGCAAACCUGCUCGGUGCUUUUCUGGUGAGGAAGGGGGCAAAAGAGGCGAUUAUUUCAGAACGUCCUGUUUGCCUGGAGAUGAAGCUGCAGGCCGUUAUGGAGAACUUGCACAGGCAACAGCGAGCCAGGCUGCUUAUGGAGAUGGAGCAGCAACAGCAGCAGACAGGUUCGUUCCAGAGCUCUUCUCCCACAGGCGAGGAGCUGAAGCUAAGCUCCACCUCAGACACGGAGCGCGCUCAGAUAGCGGCUCUGGCAGCGAUGAGGGCCGCGGCAGCCGGACUGCAGAGACAGCCAAUGGAUGACAGCCCUAAGUCAGAGCACAGCACCGCUGGAGAGGAGGAGGAAGUAGAAGGAGAUGAAGAGGACGAGAGGGGAGAGGAGCAUUACAAAGACAUGAUGGGGUCUGACGAGGAGGAGCAAAUAAAGCAGAAGUGGGACGAGGAUGAUUUUGAGGGGGAGAUGGAGGACUACGAUGAUGACCUGGCAGAGGAAGGCCUGCAAAUGACCCGUGAGGCCAUCACCCCAGGCCAAGGCAUCCUGUUGCUGCCUCAUCGUCAGCGUCAUUCUCACUCUCAGUUGCUGAAGGCCCGAUCAGGGCUUGAAACUGAACCACGGGCUUCAAGUUUCCCAGCUCCACUCUUUCAAGGCCAGCAACAUGGCCAGGACCACACUGACUGGACCUAUGAAGAGCAGUUCAGACAGCUUUAUGAACUGGACAGCGAUCCCAAGAGGAAAGAGUUUCUGGACGAUUUGUUCAACUUCAUGCAGAAAAGAGGGACUCCGGUGAACAGGAUCCCCAUCAUGGCCAAGCAGGUGCUGGAUCUGUAUAUGCUCUAUCAGCUGGUGACAGAGAAGGGUGGCCUGGUGGAGGUUAUCAAUAAAAAGCUAUGGAGGGAGAUCACCAAAGGUCUGAAUCUACCCACCUCAAUCACCAGCGCUGCCUUCACGCUCAGAACACAAUACAUGAAGUACCUUUAUCCAUAUGAAUGUGAAAAACGGGGUCUCAGCAACCCUAAUGAGCUCCAAGCUGCCAUAGACAGCAACCGGCGGGAGGGACGCCGCCAAGCUUUUGGCAGUUCCCUUUUCACCUACUCCCCCAAUGGCGCUCCCACCAUGCUCUCUUCCCCCAAAGUCCCUAUACCCACCAUUGGUAUGGCUGUGGGCACCAGCGAUACCUCACUUCCCUCCGUUCAAAAGGUCAAGAAGGAAGAUGAUGCCAGUCAGGCUCUGACUGUACAGACCAGCAGACUGCCUGGCGCACUCGCUGCUCAGUCAGUGGCAGCAGCUCAGGCAGUGGCAGUGCAGGCUGCCAUGGCCGCUCAGGUUGCUGCGCUCGGGCAGCUGAGGGAGAAGCUGGAAUCCGGUGAGCCUCCUGAAAAGAAGAUGGCUCUGCCCACAGAGGACCACCAGUGGCUCCUGCAGAGGACGCUGCAGCAGAACCUACUAGCUAUGAGCACCCAGGUGCCCAUGAACAUCCGCAUCAACAGUCAAGAAAGCAGACAAGAUUCUGCCCUCAAUCUCGCCUCGAACGGCCUGAAUAGCAUCAGUAUGUCCAUGGAGCUCAACGGGGUUGUCUACACUGGUGUGCUUUUUGCUCAAGCUACUGGUCUAAACUCCUCAGGAACAGCUAACAAAACAGCUGGCGAGCGCAGUAACUCUCAGCAGCUUCCUUCCUCUCAGACACCUACCUCAUCCAGCUCCACCAACCCGUCACCCUAAAACACCUCACAACCUCCCCGUCUCAAAGCUAGCUAAAGCCAAAAAUCAACCUCAUUUUCUAGAGCCUAUGCCAAAAAAAAAAAAACACCUAGCAGGAAUAACAAGUUCCCAGACCACUUGAUGCACACUAUCUCAGGUUCUCGCUCCUCUUCUUUUGUUCAGUAGCCAAAAUGAACUAAAAGAUUACAGCAACAAAAGAGUUUAUCGUUAAACACACAUGGUCUCACACACACGUACGUACGUAUGUACACAAAACCUGUGAAUAAUUUAUUUCUGUUCUGGGUGCAAAAUACUUGGAAUUAGUAGAGCAAUAGAAUCUAGAAAUGGUAGCACACUGUUUACACACUUUUUACACAUCAUCUGACUGACAAUGAAACUUCUUUGGAAAGCAGGAAAAGCAUUUUAUGAAUGCAAUUUUAUCAUGAGUGUUAUUAAAACGUAACGAAAAUAAGGUUCUAAACUAUACAUGUAUGGUCCAUGUAUAUCUGUAGUGCCUUGCCGAACAUCAACACUUUUUUUUUUUUUUUUUUUUUUUUUUAAAUAAAAAUAAAUUUCCCCUCUAAUCGUUUGGUGGCGUGAGCCACAAGAGACUCACUGAAACCCCAACAACGAUGAUGAACAUGUACAACUUCAUGCCGGUUUUCUGACACCGCAUGCUGCGUGCCUGACCACUUGGUAUUUUGGAAAGAACGGUGGAAACCAUUUUCCAGUCUUGAGAAACGAAAUGGCAAUUAUCUUAACUGUUUGUAAAAUUUAAAAAGUCUUCUAGAUUAGACACGUUACUUAGCAGAGCAGAAGUUAAUACUGAAUUACGGAGGAUAUAUUUUUUUGCUUGUGUGUGUGUGUGUGUGUGUAUAAACCGUGUUUAAGAUUUGAAAAUGCUUUUGAAUAGGGAGAUGAAAAACACGGCUAAAACAGGAAUUUAAAAGGUGUUUAUUAAGUGACCUAGACGAGCAAACAAAAAAAAAAAAAAGGUCAGUAAUUCACGUGUUAAAUAGGAAAUGCAAAUGAGUGUAAAUGAUCCCAUCUGCUAUUACUUGCUUUGUUUAGCUAAUAUUUAGAAAACACCUCUGUUGCAUCAUCUAGAAUCAAUAGAAGGAACUUUAUUUGUUCCUCUGUAAUUUAAAAUCUAUUUUAAAACCACAUACUUGUUGAAUACUAGUCAGUUUCUACAAAAUAUUUGUUAUUGAGACACUUGAAUUUGCCAAAUUCACUCCUAUUCGUUGGUAUUAUGCAGAGUUGUUGUGAUACAGAAUUCUGUCUAUUUCCGUAAUUGUCUCCCUGAACACACAAAUCCGAAGCACACAGCAUUUAGCUCCCUUUUUCUGGGCUGAAAACAUAAUGCCUGAGAACUACAUGAGAACAUACUCCAGGAUUCCCCCCCCAUCUCCCUCGCACAAUAGAUCUUAAACAGAUUGUCCUCAGGCCAUGGGGUCCGCGUCAGCGUGUGAGCUGGAUGUGGCGUAUUUCAAUCUGUAGGCUUAAUUAUUUUUUUUUUCUCCAUUCAUUUUGGCAGACAAUGACCAGUCACUGAGCCAGCACUGAAACGAACGUUUUGUUUGUUUUAUCCCAGAAUGAACGGCUUUGACCUGAACCUUGGUUACAAUGGAUCUUUUUGUUGUUGUGAAUUGUUUUAAUGCAUUACACAGACUAACCGAGAUGAUGUCAGAAUAAGAAAACAAUGUGUACACUCCCCCCCCCCCCCCCC